GAACGAGGAGGUAACAGAGAGCAACAAAGAAAGGGAGCUCCAGAGAGAGAAAAAGCUUACUUACUUCAACCUAAAUUGAGAUAAAGGCAUGCAGAGUGCAUCACAGGUUGGGCACAGAGCUAACUCCGUUUCAUCCAGUAGCAUAAUGGCUUCAGUCGUUUUUAAAAAGGACGCAGGUAUUGUAUGCCUCCUCCUAUCAGGAUUUCUGCUGCCUUCAGUAUUUGUGUCUGGGCAAACCACAGACAUGAGCACAACUUCCUCCCCAGCAGCAAUGACGACUGCCUCCACCAUGAAUACCACCACCUCUGCAGCAAACCCUUCCAUGACCAUGUCAACAACAACCUCAAAUACCAACCAGGCUGCUAGUAUGACUAAUAGCAUUUCAACAGCUUCCCCUACUCAGAGCACCAUGUCCACCACUUAUGGAGGUACUGUAAUGUCUACUGCCAUCCAGUCUCUCACAACCAGCUCAGAUUCAGUAUCCCAAAACACCCACUCUGCCUCAAGCACCUCCGGAGGUUCCUCAUCAUCCAGCACCCACUCUCCUUCAACCACCUCUGAAGGUCCAUCAUCACAUAGUACCCACUCUGCCUCAAGCACCUCCGGAGGUUCCUCAUCAUCCAGCACCGAUUCAAAUUCAGCCACCUCAGAAGGUAAUAUGACUGAGGAAAAUAAAAACACCACAUCAAAUUCUUCAAUGGAAAUGAUAAAUUGCCCUUCCUUUACCUGCUAUCACUCUGGUUGCUACUCAAAGUACAUCAGUCAGAAUGAAUCUCAUUGUUCUACUGGAGAAUCAUGUCAGCUGUUGAAAUCAGUGGACAUGUGGUACAAUGUGAGCUGCAGUGCCUCUUGUGUGGAAGAUUGCAACAACCCCUCUCAGUCCAACUGUUCUGUGAACUGCUGUAAUUCCACUGGAUGCAUUAAAGACAUUUUUGUACCCAUGAUGAUGACAACCACAGUAGCUGCAACCACGACAACAAACGCUCCGCCAACAACAAGAACAACCUCAACAACAGCAGACAAAGGAAACAAAUGUCACAAGGGCAGCUGUACUGGUGAAAACUGUUAUAAAAAUUUCAAGGAACUUGAAACCUGUUCUUCUACAGACCCACACUGUCAGUUAAAAAAAGAGACCUCUAACUCCGGCGUUGUUUGGACAGCAGGAUGCACCAAUUGCACUGGAUAUGCUGCCUGUACUGGGACCACAAACCCCCCGUGUAACCUGGAGUGCUGCACUGCCACCACAACCUCCUGCCUGAUUUUGAACGGCACAAUGAAUGUCCCGUCUUUCGCCACAAGAGGUCCCUAUGUUCAUAUUGAGUUGAUUGCUUCCUUGGUUUGCCUGUUUGCAAUCACUCUGCUUCUGUGAGUGAGUGAGCAUGCUUUUGCUGUCCUCGCGUAUCUUGUUGGGGUUCAUCUGUAACUGUAUGAAUAUGAAAACUAUGAAAAAGCCUCAGUUUCAAUGUUGAUUUUGUGUCCUGUGUUUUGUACUUCCAAUUUACAUUCCUUUUUGAUUAAGCAUGACUUUGAACUUAAUUGAGAGCAUCCACCACAUGGAACAUGCUAUCAGCCUAAUCCUAAUCCUCACAUUUCAAUCUCAUAUAUAUGAAUAUAAAUUAUAUAAUAAAGACAAAUUCAAGUAAAUUAUGAGUAAUGAUUUUUAGUUGUUAUAUAACCCUUAGCCUGUCAUUUGUAUAUUGUCCAUUAUUUGGAAUUGAUAUAUUUGCACUGUCACACUACAACUGUUUAAAGGGGAAAUAAAUUUUGGUCAGUGAGUGACCCUAAAGUAGGUACAGCACAGAUGAUUUAUGAUUUAAAAAAAAAAAAAAAGUUAUUUUUGGAAUAAUGCAGCUUUAACUUUAUUUGCACUUUAUGAAACUCAAACGUUGGGCUGUUAUAGGAAGUUGUUAAGGCAAUUCUUUUACAUGUGUCUUUCUUGAAGUGUGCAAUUUAAUAUGCAGCAAGUUUUGUCUUAUAGUUUUCUGAUUUUUGACUUAAUUAUAUGUAAUAUGGGGAAUUACCAAUUAAAUAUAUUUUAUUUUCAAAUGGUGACAUGUAAAUGCUAAUUGAAAUCAGAAAUGUGUCAAUUUCUUU